AGGAUAUCUUUCCACGUAAGAUUAAGACCAAGACCAAGAUCAGCAUAUCCACAGACAGGUACUGUACCGUCCAAGCGCAUAUAUCUAGAGUUGAUUUCAAGCUCCAAAAGAUUGUAAGUGCAUUUCCUUUAUUUUAUUUAUCAUCACCAGCAUCACAAAUACUUCAGCAUAUUCCAUUGUAUUUGUCCUCUUGUUUUGCAUAUCGUUCCAUCUUUAUUUGAGUUGAGGACACUUGUGAAGGUGCUGCUUCCCUACAUUCCCUUUAUAUUGAAAGUCAUGUCUUUGCUUCCAGAUGACUUAAAACACAGUUUUACUUCUUAUCGGAUGGAUCUGGAUACAUUAGAAUGCUGGGCAGACAAGUUACAAAGUUACAUAAUCUAGGUUGAAAAAAGACUUAAGUCCAUCAUGUCUAAUUCUCAAACCAGAUUAUAAUUAAUGUAGAUAAGUGCAAAGUUAUGCAUUUUGGGUAAGGAGCCCACACGCAAUUUAUACCUUAAUGGAGUUGAGUUGGGUAACACUGUCAGUGAGAACAAUAAUUAAAGACAAUAGACUAGACAAUAAUCUGACAUGCUAGUUAGCAGUUUUAAAGGCCAGUACGGUACUUUCUUGCUUAUAAAGAGUUAUACAUUAUUGUGAUGAAAAUUAUUUAGCCUCUUUAUAAAACCAUGGUAAGGAUACCAGCUUGAAAAUAUGCUGUAAUUUUUAGGAACCAGUUUAAAAAAAUAUAUUAGGAAAUUAGAAAAAGUGCAAAUGUGGUCUACAAAAUUAACAAGGGACAUGACAAACAAUUAGUUAUGAAGAAAGGCUCUAAAAGCUUUACUAGCGUAGAUUACAGUGUCGUCUGUAUACAUGUGUACAGUUGAGGAUUUGCAGACGUAAGGCAGAUCAUUUAUAAAUAAUGUGAAUAGCAGGGGGCCCAAAAUGGAGCCUUGGGGAACACCAAACGUGACUGCAAGAGGGAGGGAAGCGCUAUCAGAAAUGGCCACAUAUUGCAAUCAGUCUGAUACGAUCGAAAGCAGGUUAGCGGACGAUCACCAAUGCCUGAGUUUUUACGUUUUUGAAAAAGAAUACCAUGGUCUACUGUGUUAUAGGCCUUGGCAAAAUCAAGGAAAAUAGCUGCCGUUACGUCUCCUUGCCAAUAUGGAUGUCAUUGCAAACUUUUAAGAGGGCAGUCGAUGUUGAGUGAUUUCGACGAAAGCCUGAUUGAUUAGCGGUCAGAUAAUUUGAUCGUCGAUAAUAUUUACAUGUGUGUGGAUGCAUUUUUCCAAGAUUUUUGACAAUACAGGGAGCAAUGAUAUAUACAGGGUCAAUACAAACAGCUGUCUGACAAUCUGUACAUUAACAGGACUUUUCCUUAACAUAAGACAAGAGGUCAUCAUUUGAGACUUGAAGAAAAGGAAUUUCAUCUACAGCAAAGAAAAGGGGUUCUUCACAGUAAGAACAUUAAGGAUGCAGAAUGAUUUGCCUAAAGAAUUUAUUUUAUUAGAUUUUGAAAAAACAAAACCUGGAUAAUUGUUUUGAAAAAAACAAAAAAACAAACCGAAUAUUGCAGGGUACAAUAGUUAAUGUGGUUGGUAACAGAGUUUUUAACCAAAGAUAUAUUGAAUUGCCAUUUUGGAACCAAGAAGGAAUUUUUAUCAGUUUGUGGCACAAUUAGAAAUGGCUUCAUAUUGGGUUUUAUGUUUUUUUAAACACAGAAUGCCUACGGCCACCUUGCUUUACCAAUAAUUAGCAAAAUGUAUUAUUUGGUAAAUUAUAGUGUAUGAAUUAUAGUGUAUGAAUGUUGAUAAAGGGUUUUAUAUGGUGUGUUACAUUUAAUUCUUUAGACCAGGGGUGCCCAAAAGGUACAUCCCCAGAUGUUGUAGAACCACAACCCCCAUAAUGCUUUGCAUGCCUUUAGAGUAUCUUUAGAAUGACAAAACAUCUUGGAAGGUGUUGUUUUAAAACAUCUAGGGAUCUACCUCUUGGGCACCCUGCUUUAGACAAUAACCUAAUGCAACACCCAUCACUCGCGCUGUCAUCAUAUAGGACAUUAUUUACAUAAUUAUAUAUAAUUCUAAAUAAAAUAAUACAUUUAAAAAAUAAUAUAUAUAUAUAUAUAUAUAUAUAUAUAUAUAUAUAACAAAAAAAUCAGCACUCCCAGGUGAUUCACACAUAACUCUUUUACUAAAAGUGUAAAAGUGUCAACGUUUCAGUUCCACAUAGGAACAUUCAUCACAACAGUUCCUAUGUGGACGAAAGUUCCUAUGUGGAACUGAAACGUUGACAUUUUUCAAGUAAAGGAGCUAUGUGUGAAAUGAAUUACCUGGGAGUGCUGAUUUGUUUGUUUGUUAGGUCUUUUUUUCUAUUAUAUAUGUGUGUGUGUGUGUGUGUGUGUAUGUAAUUUCAUUUUGCUUGUCUUUUGAUAUAUACGUAGAAUGAAAUUAUUAUAUAAUUUAAAAAUAAUAUUUUUAUAUAUUACUAACAUUUAUUUAUUUAAAUUCUACAUUUUGACCUUUUAUUUAGGUAUUUUCUCUACAUAAUUGUGUAAUUUUAAUAAUUACAAUUUUAGGGACUAGAGAAUUUGAUUUGCAAGCCCUAUAUUUAACCAUAUAACUUUUUAAAACACCAUUUAAUCUAUACAUGGGGGGGUUCUGUUGUGCUCAGACUUCUCUCUACACAAAUAUGAGUGUUUCAAAGCAGUAAAACAUAUCACGAUGAUGUCAUAUCAUUAGUGAAAGUGCAUUUUUUUGAGUGAAAAAUGCAAAAAACUAAUAUGAAAGUUAAAUCUGACCUUGGUUUGUCACUAAGUGUCCACUAAAAAAAAGUCUGGACAUACCUUAUUUUGAAUACCCUGGAUUGUCUACUUUUAUGAAUGGUAUGCCAUGAUGAUUUUAGUUUUCGUUCCUAGGCUUCCAUACAGUCUCAAAGGCAACAUAGGCCCAGCAAACCAAUGUGGCAAAUUUCAAAGUGUAAAAACUGAAAAGGGGAAAGCCCUAUAUUUUACAUUGCAACUUUCCAAAAACAAUAAAACUUGUACAUGGAGGGUACUGUUGUACUCGUGAAACAUCACUGAACACAAAUAUGUGUGUUUUAUUGCAGUAAAAGCUAUUGUGCAUGCAUGGUGACAUCUAGUAUAAUUUAAAGGACUCAGAGUCCGGUAAACUCCCAGAAGCGCUUCUAGUAGCUGUCUGGUAGAGGAUCUCUUAGUACUGCAAUGUAAAUUUUGCAGUUUCUCAAAAACUGCAAUGUUUUACACUGCAGGACUAAGUGGGACAGGGACACUGCAUCCAGACUACUUAAAUGAGCUGAAGUGGUCUGAGUGCCUAAAGUGUUAAACUAAAUGUUGGUUUUCAAAUUACUUCUUAGUGAACAACCCCAAAUUUGUUUAAAUUGGGGUGUUUCUCUGAUUAUUUAUCUCUCUCACCCUCCCAGCUGCAUCUCUCUUUCUAUCACAUGAAUACAUAUCUCCCAGCCUCAUCUCUCUCUCCCUUUCUCAUCUACAUAAUUGGCACAGCCUUAUCUCUCUCUCAGCUAAAUGUUUCUCCCAUCCUUACAUCUCUUUUCCGACCUCAUCUCGUCUACAACAGUAGAGCUACAGAGAAAAUUGAGAAUGUACAGCCGGGACUUUAGUAUACUUCCUAACUUUGGGAGGUAGGUAACUAGGUCUGGGGAGGUCGGCCCUGAACAAGGCAUUGCCAUUGAUGUAAUCCAAGUCACCAGCAAUGACAAUAAUGGGCAAGUUUGCCCUGAAAAGGGGGCAUAUCUUCCCAUGAAAGUUGCUAAAGCAAUCUCUGCAUGGUUCUAGUGCCCACUGCAAAUGCAGUUGCGCUCUGCUGCCUGGUAACAGUUCACUGGUGUCCCCACAUGCAGGACACCAGGGAACUAAAGAAGAAGAGCAAGGAAGAACCUCAAAAUUGUGACUGUCCCACAGAAAGCGGGAGUAUAGGGAGGCAUGCUUUAGUUCUUCUCGUUGAGAGCAAAAUGUGAAAACUGUUCUUAGCAGUGAAAAUUAAAUCCUUCCUUACGUACUCAAUUUUUCACUCUAUAAUCUAAUUCUCCCAUGUGAGAAAACAUCUUUGCUGCUUCUAAUCUGUUAGGAUGUGUGGCGAAACCGGCCUCGCCACGUAUCCUUGGAGGGGGCUGCUUGCCCACCUCUUGCCUUUGGACUAUGGACCAGACUUUAUGAGAAUGUGUUAACCCAGAUAGCUAUGCCAUGGAGCCCAUUUGUGUAGUUAAAGACUUCGGCUCCAUGGCAAUUGAACUGUGUGAAUAGGAUCUGAGCGCUCUUCAGUAGUUUUGUGCGCUCAGAUCCCAGCUAUCUGGGGAUAUGUGAAAUGUCUGUGUGUUAUGUGAAAAGGUUACUUUAUGUAUUUUAAAGUGUUUUGUGUCUUUUUGCAACCAUGUGCUUAAUGGAGUCUUGUGUCUGUCCUGGGAGAUAAUUGAAUUACUCUCCAGGAUAGAAGACUCUGAAACUGGUUUGGGCCAGAAAGCCAUGCUUCAUUUAGUCACAAAGGACUUUCCCUUAACUUUUGAACCCCUAGUCUGAUUCGUGCCAUUUUUUAAUAUGUUGUUGCCCUGAAUGGAUUGAUUAUGAAAAUGUAAGUUUUAUGUAUGUACGAUGUUAACUCACAAAGUUAUAAAAAUGUACACAAAGUAACUUUUCAGCUUGGAGAUAAUUGAGUAGAUACAGUAAUUGACUCAAUUAUCUCCUAAGCAGAGGGGAGGAAUAUGCUGGGUGUGUUUUUAUUGUCCCAUUGUGUCUGAUUGGCUGCUGUACUUGCAUUGUAUGUGUUGUAAUGUGUUUAUUGGUGGUUCUGCAAAACCCUGUGGGCAGUACUAUGUUUUGUGGAUUGUAAUAAAAACCAGGCUGGGUGUGCCAGCACUGGAGUUCCUGUUUUAACCCUCAAAGUGAAGUGUCGUCUCAUUAUUGGGGGAAGGAUUUAUUGUAUGCUGUUCCAGUUUGACUGCUAGGAGAGUAAACCUAUUCGUAUGGUUCCUAUUCAACUGUCUACAGCAUUCAUAUGCUUGAGAGGAUUCAUAUGCUUCUCCGGUUCGGUGGUUGUGGUGUCUGCUGCAGUGCUUGGAGUCCUCAGGAAGCGCUAGGAGCAUCCUUUAACGGAGGUACCCAUUCGGGGUGCCAGGUGAUCCGUUACAAGAUGCAUGACCAGAUUUCGAUUCAUAAGAGUUGUAGUUCUGCAACAACUGAAUGUCUACCUUUUUAAAUUUGAGAAUGUGGAAGGGUUCUUUAAGGGACACUCUGGUAACCAUAACAACUUCAACUAAAAUAAUUUGUUAUAGUGCCAGGAGGCCAGCUGGGAUUUCUCUAAGCCAACCUGACCGCUCUAAGCCAAUUAAAGGCGCCCAUGCCUGGUGGCACCCCAAAGCUGGUUGCCACCUGGGGGACCUGCAGAUCAGUGCUGGUGGUAAACUUUGGGGUUAAACCGCUUGAGAAAAGUUUAACCUCAUAAGGUAAGUGUAAGCCAGCGGCCUCCUGGCACCGUAACAACUCACUUUAGAUUAAGUUGUUAUGGUGACUGAAGUAUUACUUUAAGGAUUGCUGUAAUAUAUAACAACUGGUAAAUGUACUGGUGUAGUGAUUACUGAAGUGAAACAGUAUUUAUUUUGGUGGGGUUGUAGUGAUGAUUUAAAGCAUUGGUGAAAAUGUCUUCAAUGGUUUUUCCUCUGAAUCUUAUUCCUACACUUGCUCUGAGGAGAUGUAGGAAUUACCAUACAAAUGUAUCUAUUUCCUCCAUGUAAAAUGCUUAUGCAUGCUGCCGUAUAGUAACCAGCAUCGAAGUGCCACCAUCUGAUGAAAACCUUGACAUAUGCAUAGUCGCUUUUUCGGCAUAUGCAGUAUAUAAACCCCCAAAACCCAAGGAUACUCAGACUUAUAUUUGGGAAAAUUAUCAUAGCUUUAUUAAUAAAUGCAACAUAUAAAUUAUUAAAGGUCAUUGUCAACAUAUUUAACAUAACAUCUAAGCCCCAACUCUUUUAACAAUUCGACCCUGACAAUGAUCCCCAUAAACAAACAAUAUUAACAUAUAUUAACAUAUAAAUAACAUCUAACCACUUAAACCAUUGCCACAGAGGGCAUGAUUUACCAAGUUCCACCAUGUAGGGGGUAUACCAAGAUACUCCCUACACACACCAGGUUCGGAGCUCUGACAAGCUCAAACCAACCAAAAUCUAACCAAACAGUUGUUAGCGAACUAAACUAUGUUACAUCUGGACAAACAACCUACACCCCAACCUGUUUAUCCAUCCCCCGCAGCCGUGACCAAACGGGAUCCUGAACCCCCUUAAAGGGAGGAUUAAUUAAGAUGGCCCUUGAUCUAAAAUGACUGCUAUAUGUACUCCCAUAAUCCAAAACCCUGAGCGUGCAGUCCCUGGGGUCCAGUGGGGCUGCUGAGCAGCUGGCGUGCAGGCGGCGAGGGAGCAAUGAUCUCCCUGCUCAGCUCCCACGAGCGCCUCUUAGUGGAGCCGGAGUGACGUCAUAUUCCGGCUUCAGCAUCACUGCUGUGCGCGCAAGGGGACUGAGCAGGGAGAUCACUGCUCACUGCUCCCUCACCGCCUGCGACUAUUUUAUUUUUUAAACUUUUGGCAGAACCCCAAUUGGCGUUCCGCGGAACCCUGGGAAACACUUGUCUAAAUGAUUGUAUGUGCGUCAGAUAGUUUAAAAUUAGUGAUUGUAAGUGUGUGUAUGUCAGUGUAUCUGAGAGUGUGUGCUGGUGCGUGAGUGUGUGUCUGUCAGUCAAAAUGUGUGUAAGUUAACAGGAAGAGGUGUGGCCUUGGCAGGAAGGGGCAGGUACAUUUAAAUUAGGGGGUGCCCGAGAUCUGUCAUGCCUAGGACAGCACCAUUUCAAAAUACACCACUGGCUAUAGUGUUCCUUUAAACAAUCCUUGUGGGUAUACAAACUGUUGUAAUUGCCUAGUUUAUAAUGCUUGCACAUUUUAAGAUAUGAUUUAGUCCCACUGCACAUAAAAUUCAAAACAAACUAGUUUUCUAAAACCAACCACAUUUUCCAGCAGUUACCCACGCAGUUUCUAUUCUAGCGCAACUUUUGACACAAAGAUCAGUAUCAGUAGCAUGUGUGUCUGUCCCCAGAUGACAACAUCCUGUAAGGGAAAAACAAUUGACAUGGCUCCAAAGAGCAGUUCAUGAUAUUGAUAGAGUUAUUAACUCAAGUGAGGAUUCUGAAAAUUCUUAUGCAAAUGAAGUUGAAAUAUACAUUAUUAUUUUUCAAAUGAUUUUACAUUUUCACAGUACUAUUUAUUAUUAUUCAAAUUAAGGUUAAAAUAGCUACACUGGAAAAAUUCUGUACGUCAGCUAUAUUUUUAGUUCGUCUACUUUGACCUUAAAUUUGAAAUGAACUUUGAAUUCUUAUUUUAGUAAAUAAUCCCAUGGAAAUUUUUAUUAAAGGGACACUCCAUACCACUAAAGCAGUUUAGCUUGUUGAAAAGUGUUAUGUGCCCUCUUUUUUUAAUUUUGGAAAUAGUGCAGAUUUCAGUAUAACUUAUACUGGUUAUAACCUCCCUUGCUUUUCAAACAGACAAUAGAAAACAGGUCCUGUUACUUCCUGGUUUGGUUAGCUUAUUUGCACUGAACUCAAAAGGCAGCAAUUGCCUACAGCACCUGCCUUGCAAAGACUUCUCAUUGAGCUACAUUGGGAAGUCUGUGAUUGGACAGUCACAUAAAGUCUGGGAAGGGUUUGUAGAAGGUGGCUUGCAAAGGCUGCAGACAAGAGAUCUGCAGUUUUUGCAAGGUGUUUUUCUAUACCUAAAUGAAAAAAUGUAUAAUUACAUGCAUGCAUGUUUUACUUUGGGGGCAUAUCUACUAAACAGUGAUGUUUAUUUAUUUAGUAUUUGGGCAGUGGAGUGUCUCUUUAACUUAAAAAAUCACAAUACAUUGUAUUCAAUUUUAUAUACCACAUUUAACUUAGAAUUUUCAGUGCAUUUCAAUACUCUAUAAUUACAGCAUAAUAGUUCCACAAUUGCUAUGAGGGAUUGUUAUACAUUCUUCCAAUACAUCUAUAGAAAAAUAAUUUUUGUUCAUAAAGGUAUUGUAACACUUACUAUAUGUCAUUUACCAAUUGGUUAAAAUUUGCUAUUUAAAUAUUUCUUGAAACACAAUUUUAGUGGUGGAAACCCAAAAUAUUUUCCGAGCUUUGCAUCAGAAAGCUUGUUUCCUGUCGCAGUUUCCUGCCAUAUGCAGAUUUCUCUUUUAUGUUCAUUGCAUAAUCUAGUUGAAGAUCAAAAGACUACCUGAAGUUUGACAUUUGCUCCAACAGUUCUGACUAAAAUAGGAAAGUGAUAGGUCAGUUUUUUUCGUUACCUGGUUCAUAAUUUCCAUCCUGGUAUCACAGAGGGGAAAUCAGCUGCCAGACAACUUUCCUUUCCUAAUUUUUGCUUUACUGUAUUUGAGAUGUGUACAUUUAACUAGUAAGUGAUAAGCAGUGCAAAGGAGAAUUUGCUUAAAAAGUGGAUUUUUAUAUAAAUUAAUUAGUAUUCUCGAUAGUGUGGUAAACUUUAACUGUGGCAUAAAUUCAUCAAUAUGUAGGGUCUGGAUUGGGGUGGAGAGAAUAUCAGAUUGGUUACGUGCCUGGAACAUGGCUCCUACUCAAUUCUCUACCUGUGGUAGGUGUGAUAAAUUGAAUAAUAAACAAGGCAGAGGUCUUGCAAAUGGUCCCAAACCCUUCUAUUGUGAAGGGUAUUAAUGAUCUGACCAGAUUAAGAGGACUCCGAAUCCCUUAGCUCAAUUAUAAGGGGACCAUGAGGGCUUAUGCACUCAUUACCUAAUAAUAGUACCUAUGUACUUGAUUUCUCUAAUGAGUUUUCUAUACUUUUAUAAAACCAAAGGGUGGGAAAAUACGUCUAUCAGUGUACUGCAAAAUAUAUACAUAAUAUAUGUAUGGGAAGGAGAGGAGUUGAAUUUAGCGCACUUAUAUAAUGAUUUCCUUAUUAUAUUUCGUAACAUUGACAAUCAAACUGCACAAUGAGAAUAGUUACAUUUAAUGUUAGGGUGAUGUAUACCCCAGAUAAAUGUAGAUUGCUUCUUUUUCAAAGUCUUUAUUUUAAAACAGGAAAAAGGCAUUGACUUAUUACAAAUGUCCAGUAUAUACAAGGCAUGGUCAGCAGUUCACGUCAGUUUUGUAUGUAAAAUAAGCAGGAGAAACAGAAACAUAUAAUAAAAUGAGAACUAAAAAUAUAUCAUCAGCAAGCUUUAAGUAAUUCAUGAUUCACAUACUUGUAAUUUCGGGUCGAUGCCCAACUAUAUUCAUUGUGCUUGACCAAAAGGUGUCCCAGGAUUGGAGUUAGCCAUUUAAAGAAAAUAAAUAAAAAGAGGGGUGGGGGUAGAAGGGCUCUGCAGGUACUCAACCAGUAGAUUACUCUCUUAACUUAUCUUAUGGAAGGUUCACAAAUUCAUCCCAUAUAGACUGUGUUUUAUGGUAGAUGGCCAGAAUACCCCUAACUGUGGCUAUGAGCUGAUCCAUAAGUCUAUCAUGCUCUAAUUGGGUCCUGGUCUCUCUAAUCAAGGGCAGAUCCUACUUAAGGAAAUUGGUCGCCAGCAAACGUCUGGCUGACAGAGUUAUUAGAGAGCCAUGGGAAAUCUAACAGCAUGUUCUACAGAUGGUCGAACCUCUAAUUUCUGCUUCCACCAGGUUUCUAAAACCCCUUGCACAUAUCCAGCAGGGGAAAUCCUUACUCUGGAAAUGAGGAGCCAUAGAGGAUACAUUUCCAAAAGGACAAGCUUGAUCCUGACCCUAUCCCUUAUGUUAAUGGAAUUUAGUAUGGCUGUGCACUGCAUCCUCGAUAUUGCUCUCUGAGAGCCCCCCAACAGAUAAAUCUGUGGAUGAUCCAAUGUUCACCCAUUUCUGGUAUAACACAAUCUGAGCUAGCUGACCAGAUUAAUAGUACAUGAACAGACUCAGAAGUCCCACCACAACCCUCUCUUUAUGUCUGUACAGUAAUGUUCUAGCUACCUGGUGAUUUCUGUUAUUAUAUACUCAUUUGCAUAUUUAGAAUCUAAGUUUCAUUAAGAGGCCAGAGACGUAGAAACGUGUUAGGGUCAGCGAUAGUGAGUAGUACAUCAUAGGCAAAAGUUGAUCAUUUGUAUGUAUCUGACCCUAUUUUGAUCCCUUUAAUAGUCGGGUGCUCCCUAAUCUGGUGUAGAAGAGGUGAAGGCAUAGUAGAAGUAAGAGGGGGGAAGAUUGGGCAUUCAUGUCUGGUGCCAUUAUGAAGUGCAAAUGGUUUAUGGUCUGUGUCUGGUAGAAUCACCUGGGCUUGGAUGUUUGAAUAUAAUGUGAAUAUAGACCUGACAAAGGAGGGAGGAAAGUCCUAGUGUCUAGGAGACCAAACAGAUAGAGCUAUUUGACCCUAUGAAAAGCCUUCUCUGCAUCUACCGACAAAACCAAUGCAGGUGUUUGUUUGUCUUUCACAAAUAACAAAAAAUCCAAAUGAUAAUGGUGCUUAUAAUGUAAUGUAGCAGCAGCUAUCAAAGUGCAAUAGCAAAAAAUAAAAAAAAAUUAAGGUGCGCUGCAACUUUAAAUAUCUUUCAUAAGUAUUCCACUCUCAUCUAAAAGUGCACUAUAACUUUAAGGAGAAAAGAUGGUAGUGCAAAAAACACUGUGGACUAUUGUUACAAUAAUGUGCAUCAAGCAAAACAUUUGUGUACACACAUUCCCUUGUUAAGUGCAUGCAAAUAUAUAAUAAACUGCUAAGUGUAAACACACUAACUCAAAAGUGCAUCAAACAUAUAGUGCAAAAUAUAACUAACAUGUAAGGAAAAAAAGAAAACAAUAUACUGUAAUAAUAAUACUGUAAUAACUAACAUGUAAGGAAAAAAAGAAAACAAUAUACUGUAAUAAUAAUAACCAACACAUCUCUAAAUAUAUGCACACUGGGGGGGCGUGGCUGACUACCGAGCAAGAUGGCCGCAUAAGGACUUGCUCUGGCACCGAGCUCUAACAAAAAGCACCAAAAGGCUCCCAAGGUGAUGUCUCACCACAAAACAAAGAAAAUGGCCUCAAAAGCCGACAAGAUGUACUUUUUCAGCCACAAAGGCUCAGCACCGCAGACGACCUCCCAGCAAGAUGCCCAAGAUGGCGACGGAGACUCAGACACGAGUCUCUCCAUGACGGAGCAUGCACAGGCCGAACACAUUACAAAGAGCUUUCUAGCACAGGUACUGGACACACUAUCCAGCAAACUAAUAGCCUCCUGGCAACAAACUGCAGGCACCCUGAGAAAAGAAAUGCAGGACAUAGGGACUCGCACAUCUCAAAUGGAGGACAAAAUGGGAGACAUUUUGCUACUGCCCAUAAUGACAUAGCCGACCAUGUACAGAGCCUGGCGGAAAAGGUGGAGCAACUGGAAGCACGGAUGGCUGAUGCCGAAGACAGGGCACGGGGGAAUAAUAUCAGGCUCAGGGGGGUACCGGAGUCAGUUCAACAUGCGAAUCUCCAGGCCUGUACGAGGCCUGCUGCGGGCCCACGCACCAGACAUCCCGGCGGACAUGUUGCUGAUUGACCGAGUACACUGAAUCCCCAAACCCACAUACUUACCGGAUUCCACGUCACGAGAUGUGCUUUUGAAAGUGUCGCAAUACAAGACAAUCUCAUAUGAAUGAGACGCAUAGGCCACUCCAGGGCCGUCUUUAAUUUAGAUUGGACCCUGGGCGAGCAUUUACUUGGGCCCCCUGACUACGUCUAGAUACACACAAAUACACUACCUGACACACAUGCAGAUACACACUGACCACAUAUAGAAACACACAAGAACAUACAGAUACACACAGACUACAUAUAGAUACACUGACACACACACAGAUACAAACACUGACAUACAUGCAGAUACAAAGGUACACACACUGACUACUUAUAGAUACACCGACACACACACUGACAGACAGACACACAGAUACACACAUGCAGAUAUACAGAUACAAACACUGACACAUACAGAUACACACACAAAUACAAAUGGACAACAUACAGAUACAGAGACACAUUCUGACAGACGUACUGACACAGACUCACACAGACUCACACACAGAAAACCAUAAUGAAACACACAUACACAAAGACAUACUGAACCACACAGACACUGAUGGACUCUCACACACACAGACAUACAGAUACACUGACAGACGUACUGGCACAUAUACACACAGACAGACGGACAUACUGAAACACACAUACACACAGACAUUGACAGACAUAUUGACAAACACAGACAUACAGAACCACACUGACAGACUCACACAUAGACAUACUAACAGACUGAAACACACAGACACUGACAGAUAUACACACAUACAGAUAUUUUGAAACUCACAGACAGCCAUACUGAAACACACAGACACUGACAGACUCACACAGACAUACUGACACACAGACAGACAUUCUGGCACACAGACAGACAUUCUGGCACACAGACAGACAUUCUGGCACACAGACAGACAGACAUGCUGAAACACACAUACACACAUACAGACAGACAUGCUGAAACACACAUACACAGAGACAGACAGACAUGCUGAAACACACAUACACACAGACAGACAGACAUGCUGAAACACACAUACACACAGACACUGACAGACAAACACACAUCCAGACAUUUUGACAUACACAGACAGCCAUACUGAAACACACAUACACACUGAACCACAGACACUGACAGACUCACACACAGACAUACUGACACACUGACAGACAUACACACAUACAGACAUACUGAACCACACAGACACUGACAGACAAACACACAUAGACAUACAGAUACACUGACAGACUUUGAUAACCACCCUCCAGUUUCUUACCUUGUCCUGGAGGGUGGCUUCCCUGGGGUCCAGUGGGCUGGCUGGGGUGGCUGGGAGUUAAGCUCUCCCGGCCUGGCCCCCUCCGGAACAGCUGGUCCUCCUUCCUCCCGCGCGGCUCCUGUUUCUGUGGGAGGAAGUGACGCACGGCUGUCACUUCCUCCCACUGCUGCCGAAAAGCAAGGACCCGGUCGCGCUGUUAAAGCGCCACAGCGCCCGACCGGGCCCCUGCUGACACAGUCCCACCGGGUGGCCCUAAGUGCAUGGGCCACCCGAUGGGCCCCCAUAGUUUGCGGGCAGAGGGCAAACAGGGCAGUUACCUCGGGCCCCCCAGCAGGGACAGGGCCCGGGGCAGCUGCCCCGUUUGCCCCGCGUUAAAGACGGCCCUGGGCCACUCCGACAGCUGACACGAUAUCUACGCCACAAUAUGUACGAAGUGAACGUAUCUACAAAUUAUGCAAUAACAGAUAUGUAAAAUCUCUCCGACCCCCCCAUCACUACCUCCCCUCCUAUACCUUCUCCCCACCCACCCCGUACCCCAUAUACUGUUAGUAUGUUAAAAGUACCAACAUGCAGCGAAUGAAGUAGUGAAUGUAAUACGAGCCAAGAAACUGUUAAAGCGGAUGUAAAACUCACUGUGAAAACUUCCAUUGUAAUGUAUGUAUCAAUGUAUGUUGACAUUAUAAAAUACAAAUAAAAAAAUAAAAAAAAAUUAAAUAUAUGCACACUCACAAACGGAGCAGAUGAAGACUGCUCAGGCUAUUGAUUCUCCAAACAAAUCACUUGAAUAAGUAUUUUACAAAGAAUCCACCAGGCAGAAACUUUCUUUCAAAAAUCUUUAUUAAUUAAAAUAGGGAGAGUUUUAACAUAACACUUUCUGGAAAUCAAGUCCCCAACAGAUUGAGAGCUCCUUGGAUUUGAUCAUUAUUUUUGAGGGACAUCAUUACAUUGCAGGUGAUGUCAUUGCCCUGUCUCCUGGAAUAGGAGUUGUUAGUGAGAGGUUCAGAGCCGGCAAUUAAACCGAAACGUAUUUCCAGAAAGUGAUUUAUUAAAGCAGCAGUAGCCAAAAAAGAGUAUAUAUUAAAGGGACACUAUAGUCAUUAAAACAACUUUGCCACUUGUGCCUGGAGGGGACUACUGGCUAGCCUCCUGCCUUCCGACUAUGGCCCCUGUGCUGAUAGCUGUAUUUUUCCCUGCAGAAAUGUUUAUUUGUGUAUUUCUGCAUAUUUCUGACUUUCAGUAUGUGAGUAGUGCUACACCAGAUAGCUAUGCCAUGGAGCCUGUUCGUGUAAAUAAAGACUAUGGAAAAGACUUUGGCUCCAUGGCGAUUGAACUGUAUGUAUGUGAUCUGAGCACCAUUCGGUAAUAAUGUGAGCUCAGAUCUAAGCUAUCUGGGGAUAUGUUGCAUUUAGUAAUUGUAACAUUGUGUAAUUUUAUGUAUUUUUGCAACCAUGUGGUUAAUGGAGUCUUGCCUCUGUCCUGGGAUAUAAUUUGAUUACUUCCCAAUUAUCUCCAGGAUAGAGAGGAGGGAUCGUGAUGUCACUGUGGGAGUGUUUUGUUUGUAUUUUCUGUGAUUGGCUAAUAUCCAAUAUGUGUCCCAUUGUUCCAUCAGGUCCCCUAGGGGAGUGUCCACCUGGUGGACACUUGCAUAAAUAUCGGGCAGGUAGCCCUCAAUAAACCAGACCUACUUGCACCUUUCUUGAAGUCUUGGCUCAUGCUUGGGGGAAGGGAUACCUACACUCUGGGGAUUGCUAUAAUCACUUACUCCCCAGAGUAAGCUCUUGUAAGAGCUUGCUUUGUUCCUGCUACGCUCUCUGGAUUUGGGAGAGAUUCACCCACUGGGAGCUGGAUCCUGGUCAUGGAUCCAGGGUGGGUGAGAGACGGCGAGACCCUGUCGCAACUGCAUCACUGGAAGUGGGUCCACAGUGCUGAUGGUGUCGGUUGGAGUGGUCAGAGUCCUCGGCAAGCGCUAGGAGCAUCGAAUGGCGGAGGUACUCGGUCGGAGUGGCAGCGGUCCAUCACACAGGGGAUUAUAAAUUCUAAAUUAAACAGAAAUUGCAAUAAAGGAAGUGUAAACAUUUGAUGACUCUUUACAGGAAGUGUUUCUGAAGGCUGUGUUAGUCACAUGAAGGGAGGUGUAACUACUGCUGUAUAAACAAAGUAAUUUAGCUCCUAAAUGGCAGAGAAUUGAGCAGUGAGACUGCAGGCAUGAUCUUGUCACAAAAACUGUUUUAUUAAGAUAAAGUUGUCAUGGUGACUAUAGUGUCCCUUUAACUGGGGCACAUUAUGCACAAUAAACGUUACAGCUUGAUAUAGUAAUUAUGGUCUAAUACAUCUGUGUGUGCUAAUGUUUUUUUUGCAGAUUAAAAUGCUAGUACUAGAAUGUAAAUUACAUUUGUUUAAGGUGAAUGAGGACUUGGAAGCGCCUGGAUAUAUUUGAUAUUGGAAUUGGAUUUUUGUUUUCUUAUAGGUUAUGAAUAAAUCUAUACUAUGCAUGUUUGUUUACUCUUCUGCUUGUUGUGUGUGCAAUAACAGGUACAAUAGAAUAUUAUUCUUAAAUGAAAAACAUCAUAUCCUCAUCAUUCGUAUUUAUACUUAUCACCCUAGUGUAAGUAACAAUAAACUGUAUGUUUCAUAGUUGUUGUUUUUUAGUUUGUUUGUUUGUUUUUUAGCUUUCGAAUCCCUUCGGAAGCACUCACAAAAAACUUGCUUUUAAUUGUAUCAUUUAUAUGUGUUCAUUAGCUUAUUCUUCAAUCUGUUUUUUUUAUUUUAUUUUUUUAUAGGCCUCUUGAUAAAAACUGGAAAAGAUGCCAGAUGCUGCUGGUCACUUGCCCUUCUAUUAUGGUAGCAUCUCUCGUGCAGAGGCAGAAGAGUAUCUCAAGUUAGCUGGUAUGAAGGAUGGACUCUUCCUGCUGAGGCAGUGCCUGAAAAAUCUUGGAGGAUAUGUUCUCUCCGUUGUCUUCAAUAUUGAAUUUCACCAUUAUCCUGUGGAAAAACAACUAAAUGGCACAUACAUUAUUGUUGGAGGAAAGCCUCACUGUGGGCCAGGUGAAUUAUGUGAAUUUUACUCAAAGGAUGCAGAUGGACUGUGCUGUGUCCUUCGAACACCAUGCAACCGACCUAGUGGGGUUCCAUGUAAGCCUGGAGUUUUUGAUAGCAUCAGAGACAACAUGAUGAGAGAAUACGUACGGCAGACAUGGAAUCUUGAGGUGAGCUGUAGUUUAAAUGAUAAUAAAAUUUUUAUCAAUUUAGUAGCUGACUAGAUUUCAGAAGUUGUAUACAUAGAAAACAAGAAUAAACCUUGUGAAACACGUGGAGUGAGGCAAACAAUAGUUAGGUUCGGAAGAGUUGACUACUUGCUACCUCCUCAACAUUAGCAGUCUCCGUUAUCAGAACAGUAAAAAAUAAAUCCUUCAUUACGAAAGUCUUCAUUACUAAAGUGGUAUAAAAUUAGUCAUUAAAUAAUUAGAAAAUUCUGGUAUCCCAAGUUAUUAAUCUUGUGCAUUUGUUUUCAACCGCAUUUCAGCUAAUCCAAAUCAAGGCCGAUUGGUCGGUCACCCCAAUUCCAUAACUCCGAAGCACCAUAUGCACACAAAGGAUUAACAUGUUUGCUUGAUUAGUGACUUGGAGUUGACUGAUGGAAAAAAGAUGAUUGAUUGGUUAGGGGGCAGCCAUUGAGUGCUUGUUUUAUUAACAAAUCAAGUAAGAGUGACCAACUGGGGUUACAUUUUAUAUAUAAUAAAUAUAUAAAAUAUAAUGAAAGAUUUUUUUUACUGCUACUUCUUUUUUACUCUAUUAGUUACUAUUUCUCACAUAAUAUAUGAACCAAAUGAUGGGAAAAUGCACCUAUCAGUGUACUGCAAAAUAUAUUCAUAAUAUUUAUAUGAUGAAUAUACUUUAUAGUAACACUGAUUGGCCAGUUUAACACUUGUUGGGUUCAUUCACAUUUUUUACCCUAAUAUUUUGCAUGUACGAUAUUCAAACGAGCUGAACCACCACAUGGACAACUACUGGACUACCUGAACUAACUUUUUUUUCCUUGGAUUAAGUGAUUCAGCUAAACCAAAUUUUUCCAUCAAGUCUAUUAAAAAUUGUCAAAGUUAGAAACCCAAAAUGAUGUCUAUAGCCUACGUAAUGUCUCUUAUUAAAUAUAAACUUUUUGUGUUGUUUUAUUUGAAUGAGUCGAUGAAUGGGUUAGCGAAUGGAUGAGUGUAUGCAUAGCUAUAACUACAGCAGACCCACUAUUCCAGUGAGCUUCAUGAGGCAGGUAGUAACAAAAGGUUCCUGGUUUCCCUGGCCUUGGCUGGCUCCUAAGUGAGUCAGGAAGGAGGUACUCUGAACUUGCAGCUGGUGGUUAGUUUCAAACAACAGUGGAAGAGCGUUAUGCAAGAGGCCAAUGUAACCCCACUCUUCCCAUGAUUAGGUCACUGUUUAGUUUUAUGAAGUUUUAUGUCACCAAUGGAGAAAAGGAGAAGCUGUGGGUUGGAAACUCAGUCCUAGGUUGCUUUGCAAUGCGACAAGCUACCUCCCUGACCCAAUCGCCACAGAUUUGAACUCAAAGUUGUUCUUGUCAGUUCUCUUUGAUCUUGCUCCUCUUAAUAGGCUAGCUAUGUGGAUGGCUAAAAUGAGAAGAGACAAGAGUCAUCACUAGUUCAAAAACACAUCCACAAGGUGAAGUGCCCUUUAUGCAGUGCAUGUUGUGCAAUUGCCUUAGUUUGCCCCUUAAUCGUCAGAUAUUUUUUAAAUGACCAAGCAUACAAUUGUAAUACAAAACAGAAAAAACUGAAUACGGUGUGCAUUAAGUCUAAUAAAACAAUUAUUUUGAAUCGGUUAGUGUGUCUAUACAUCUGUGUUCCUCUUAUCUGUGUCCAGGUUGUUCAGAUUGUUGUAUACAUUAACCAAGUGGAUCCUUAAUUCUUAUCUUUUGCUCAUAGAAAUUAUGUUCUAAUUUGAAAAAAAAAUCACCCAAUGCUCUCACCCCCCAAGCCCACUUUCAUUUUGAACAUGUCACUUCCUCUCUAUAGCGCAGCUAGUUUAAAGCAACAUUAAAAUACUUUUUAGAUGGGAAUAUACCAGAGCAGGACAUAAGCAGACUACCAAAAAUGAGAAGGAUCAAGAGAGGAUGAUGAAGAUAAACGAACCUUGUUUAUCUCUACAGCACAACCUUGUGGAAAUAGUUCUCGUUAACCGUUACCAGAAUAUUCUUUACAGGAAACAAACCGGUCAAACUUUCCAUACCAGUGAAACUUUGUGACUUUGCUGCUGUGAAGAAACCUAAUUUAAUAUUAAAUGGUUAUUCUAAACCUAUUUCACUAUUAGAUUUUUUAGGCUAACAAUGCCUUAUUUUAGUUUAGAUCCAUGUCCAAAAUGGGGACAGGUCUACCCUGUUACCGUUAUAGAGACGUUAACAGUUAUUUAACAGCUGGAUUCUGACUGGUUUCCAACCCUGUCACUUCUGUUUAAUUGCUGCAGUUAACCCUUAAAUCUUAACACUAGCAUAUGGCCUGCUUUAAAAGAAGAUAACUACAGCUAACUUCCCAUAUACCCAAUAGAAAAAAUACGAGUUAACUAUUUGGUAUUCUAAUGAAACCAGAACGCAUAUUAAAGAGUAUUAAUUCCAGAGAAUACCAGCCACAUGAUAGAAAACACUUUAAAUAAUUCAUUUUACAAGUAAUAUGAACUAUUCACAGCACAACUUACAUAAAUAUGUAUCUGGCAUAGCAGUAAAAUCAGAGCUUAAAACAUUGUACGCUGUCACUAUCUCCUGCUAAGGCCAAUCACAUGGUGAAGGAUGUAUACUCAGGGUCAGUCUUUUUUCCAGCAAGACAAGGGUGUUAUGGUGUCAUUUUACAAAGUGUGUACCUGUGCUUUACCAGGGAGUGGCUAAUAGGUUAUUAUCAACAGCUUAACCCAGCUCUUUACCAUCAAGGCUUGAAACAAGCCCAAUGAGAGGAAAUAGUAAAAAUGAAAACUUUGUCAGACAUGUAUAAAGUCCUUUAUUCUAAGUUCAUCAGCAAUGUAAAACACAAUUUUUGAAAGUUGUACUCAUUAAGUCAAAAUCAUGUGCACGCACGAUUUAAAGGGACACCGUAGGCACUUUAACAACUUCAUUUUAUUGAAGCUGUUAAAGUGCCUGCAGUCCUGCCCCCCUCUCCUACUCCCUGAAACCCUUUAGUUCACUAAUUAAAAGGGCUUAGAAGAAUUGUUUAAAGCCCUCUGGAUAUGAGACUUGGGACACUUACUUCUUGGUUCUUACUCCAUGGCAUACUGUGAUGUCAUGUGUGCAUGUACAAUGCCAUCACAGCCAACCAUAGAGUUUAAAGAUUCUCUAUUGCAGAAUCUUAGACGCAUCAAGACAAGCGCCACGCAUGUGCCUAAGUUCCCAAUGCGCCAAUAUAUUAUAGGGUUUUCUUAUGAUAUGUAUGCACAGCAUAACAUUACAUAGGAAUAAAAUAUUUAAUAAAUAGAAAACAUUUUGGUCUGCUGAGACUUUAACUGUAAUAGCAGUCAUGUAAUCUAAAACCUUUAAACAAAGGUAUGUAUUUGAUAUUGUAACAAGUAGAGCCUCUAGUGCAGGGGUAGGCAGCCUUUAUCUCUCCUGAUGUUGUCUACUACACUUCCAAUAAUGCUUUCACAUCCAUAAUGCUGUCAAAGCUUCAGGAAAUUUGUAAUCCACAACAGCUAGAGUGCCAAAUGUUGUCUAUUCCUGUUCUAAAGUAUUUGACUUAGAGCAUUUUGACACUUUUCAUUUCAGCAUUUUAUCACCAACCUCUGCCAAAUCUGAAGGGUAUAUUUAUUCCUUUGUACUUUUCACAUGAGUUUCAUAUUAGUGGGGAAUUUCAUAGACUGCGUCCCGUUACUAUAAAGACCCCAGAUUUAUAUUUUGCUGCUUCUCCCAAGUACAGCAAUAUGAAAAUUCAUUGUUUUAAAUGACAGAAAUGCCAAGUUUAACCAAUUCAUUAUUAUUAGCCUAUAAUAGUAGUAUAAAGGAAUAUAAUUUGGGCUAUUUAACAAAGAACAGUUUGACACUUGCCUGCUUCCUUUGCAAGCCCUAUCCUUCUAACCCCGCCCAGACUUUAUGUGGAUGUCCAAUCACAAACUUCCCAAAGAACCUCAAUGAGAAGUCUUUGUAAGGCAGGUGCUCUGGGUAUUUGCUGCCUCUUGAGUUUAGCGCCACUGAGCUAACCAAACCAGGAAGUAACAGGACCAGACGUCUGAUUGACAGACAUGUGGGAGUAAUCAGGUUAAUAUAUGAAAGUGCCAAUUCCCAUUGAAAUCUGCAAUGUUUAUAAAAUGAAAAAACUGACACACUAUUCACACAUAAAAGCAAUUCAGCAAGCUAAAUUGCUUUAGGUAUGUGGAGUAUUCUUUUACAAAAGAUAUGAAAAAGAAAACAUAUGUUAAAAUAAUUGGUUAUCCCUACCUUAGUCAUAAUAAAUAAUUUGCCUGUAGAAAAUGUUUAAGAUAUGCAUUCUAAGUAGGAUUAUUAUGAAAGGCUGCCCAGCUCCCCCUGUUCCCCACAGAUUUUCUUUGGCCCCUACACCAAUGCCUGGAACUCUCAACUAGACAUUCCAUUUGCAUGUAUACAUUUUUAUCUAGAUCACUUUCUGUUUAUAGCAAACAGAUUUUGAAAGAUGUCUUUCAUGUGUGGCAAGCUUCUACCUCGUAGAUGGUUUUAAAGACUAUACAAUAAACUGUAAUAUUCUUAUUAAUUGAUAUACAGGGAGAGUUACUGGAGCAAGCUCUCAUUAGUCAGGCUCCACAGGUGGAGAAGCUUGUGGCCACGACGGCCCAUGAGCGGAUGACAUGGUACCAUGAAGACAUCAACAGAAAAGAUGCUGAACGUAAGCUGUACUCAGGAGCUCAGCCAGAUGGCAAAUUUCUGUAAGUUUACGAAUGAACGAAUGAGUAUUUUAUUUGUAGAGAUGUCGCGAACCGUCCGCGAACUUCUCACGAACGGUUCGCCACGAGCUGUUCGUGGCGAACUCCGGUCAGCUGACACGUCCCGGCCAAUCUCCAGCAGACCCUCCCUCCCAGACCCUCCUACUUCCUGGACAGCAUCCAUGUUGAAACCGGAGUUCGCCACGAACAGCUCGUGGCGAACGGUUCGCGACUUCCUGGAAACAUGGAUGCUGUCCAGGAAGUAGGAGGGUCUGGGAGGGAGGGUCUGCUGGAGAUUGGCCGGGACGUGUCAGCUGACCGGAGUUCGCCACGGACGGUUCGCGACAUCUCUAUUUAUUUGUUAUUAUGUUUUUAAUUGCCUGGGGGAGACCUUAUAUCUAUCCUUAGAUGCCUGGAGCUUCUGGUGGUUGUAAUAAAAUCACUACAUGUCAUAUUUGGCAUAAUGAGGGUAUCUGUGAUGUGAUAUCUGUCUGCCUAUGAGUCUAAUACAGGGGUGCCCAAGUGGUAGAUCCCCAGAUGUUUUAGAACUACAACUCCCAUGAUGCUUUGCAUGCAUUUAGAAUGGCAAGGCAUCAUGGAAGUUGUAGUUUUCAAACAUCUGGGGAUCUACCUUUUGGGCACCCCUGGUCCAAUAAUUAUUAUAAUAUUUCUAAUUAAUACCUCUCUAUCCAUUUGUAGAAUCAGAGGAAGAAAGGAAACAGGCACAUUUGCCCUCUCGGUUGUGUACGGCAAAACUGUCUACCAUUAUAAGAUUGAGCUUGACAAAUCUGGAAAGCUUGCAAUCCCAGAGGGAAGUAGGUUUGAUACAUUAUGGCAGGUAUGUUGUACUACUUGUAUAUCAGAUCCAUAUUAAUGGAUCUGUAAACGCAUUUUAAAUGUGUUCUGUCAUUUUUUCCUUGUUCAUUUCACAUUGUUUUUUAUUUUUUCUGCGCAGUUACACUUCACUACAAACCCUAAUUGUUUUUUUUUUAAUUACUGUUAAUUUCAUACAACUUUUUUUUUUUUUACAUUGUCCUUAAUUUGCCCCACAAUAUGUUCCUUGGUCCAGAUGCUCAAAACUGUAUUCUAAUUUACAGAUAUAAUUUACUGAAAGAUUUAGAAACCAACAUUGCAAUAUCUUAGAAUCAUGAUCUUAUUCUCUCUUACCAAUUGUCUUUUCAAACAAAGGUCUCGAUUUCAUUUGUUUGGAUUACAAUCGACACUAAGCGGAAAGAAGUGAAAACACUUUAAAAUAGUUUUACUACUUACAUUGGGUAGGGGGGGUCCAAAGUGCUCCUGUCACCAUAACAUUACAGUGCAUGUUUUUUUGAAAAGCCUUUGGCCUCAAUUUAGUUCCCGUGGAUCAGCAUUUCAAAUUAUGCCAAUCUGUAAGAAAAACUUUUCAAAUUACUUCUGUAGACAUUCAUUUGAAAGGUUUUUCUGACAGAUUGUGAUCAUUUGCCUUGCUUCAAUAUUGGCGCUAAAUUGAUGAAGUCAGGAUGUCUCACAUCAAUAUUCAAGCUGAAUACGAGCACAGUGUCACAAUGAUCACUGGAAUGAUGCACAUAACGACUCAGCAACCUGACAUUGUGGAUGUGGGGUACAAAUCAAACCAUUAUGAAAUUUACAUACAAUGGGGACCUAGGAACUCCUGGCACCAAUGGGGACCAGGGAACUCCUGGCACCAUAAGCCCUACAGUGUGCUGUGGUCGUUUUUAUGUAUAUAUGGUGUGUUCUUUUAAGAUAAAAACUGUUUAAGAAGCCAUUUUCACUGAAUUGAUUAUGGAUUUUUAUUUUUGUCAUAAAUGGUAUUUAUUGACACAUUAAAGGCUUCCAAAUGACACAUUGUAAUUUUUGUUACUAAUCACUGUAAGAGACACUAUAUAACUGCAAAACUAUCAACUAAUAUAUAAUGGUACAAAGUGGAGACUUCAAUUAUGAAACCAAAAAAAGCACUUAGUUAUGUGUUCCCUUCCUUUUCUCUUUUACAUAGCUUGUGGAAUACCUAAAACUCAAGUCCGAUGGGAUUAUAACUGUUUUAACAGAGUCCUGCUCUAAUGGCAAAUCACCUAUUUGUAAGUCAACACACUAACAUGCUGCUAAAUUCAGUAUUCUUUUUUAGAAUCUAAAUGAACUGAUGAGUAAUCUGUGCCCUUUGUAAACAAUGCAAAAUUUCAAAGUGUUACUCCAAGCACCAUUACCACUUCAUUAAUUUGAAGUGGUCAUGGUGUCUGGAUUCUGUAUGUGUAAUUUUUGUAUGUGCAGAGAUUAACUUCUUCACUGACAGAGGUUUCAGUCAACUCCUCAGUCUUUCCUCCCUGACAUGUGACAUCAGAGUAAUAUCAGCUAAGGAGGAUCGGCUAAGGAAAAAGCAAAGAUAAGUUUUACCUUUUUUUUCUGUGUUUUUUUUUUUGGUGGGGGGAAGGGGUGGGAGGCGCAGACCAGAACAGAAGGGGUUACUACAACAAAACCACUGUUUUACGAAAAUACUGUUUUUUGGUUGGAGUAACCCUUUAAUUAUUUUUCCAUUAUCAUUAUACCAAGUUUUAUUGCAUCGUUUACAGGGCCAUCCAGUCUGCUAGGAGUAAUUAAAGGGAAACUAUAGUGCCAGGAAAACAACUUGAUUUCCUGGCACUAUAGCUUCCCCUUUGUCAAGGCCCCCCCCCGUGGUGCAGAAGGGUUUAAUAACCCCUUCUGUCACUUACCUGGGUCCAGCGCCGAUGUCCUUUGGCACUGACUAAGCUCUGCCCAUGCUCCUCCCCUGCUGACUUCCUCCGGCAGGGGAGAACUAAUGCAAAUGUGCAGCCAUUGGAUGGGAUCCCCCCAUCGGAUAGCAUAGCGGAGUGAGGACGUCCAGCGUCGUUUAGACAACCAAAAGUCAUCUAAGCACCUGGAAGUCCCUCUAGUGGCUGUCUGGUAGACAGCCACUAGAGGAGGAGUUAACCCUAGCAGGUAAUUAUUGCAGCUUAUAAAAACUGCAAUAAUUACAUGCUCAGGGUUAAGAGUGAUUUAUAAUUGGAGUUUGCACACAGACCACGUCAAUGGGCUGAAGUGGUAUGGGUGCCUACAGUGUCCCUUUAAUUCAAAUAACAUUUGCAGGUGUGCUUCUCCAUGAGUUUCGUUGUAUGGCUGUAUUUUGGGGGUGUUUUUGCUUGUUGUAGCAGGUGGAGGUAUUAUAUUUCUAAUUUUAAAAUGUUAAUGUACAAAUGAUACCAUUCAAUUUUUAAAUAUUUUUUUUAUCUUUUUUUGCUUUUUAGCUGCCCUUCCGCCCACCCUUCCGGGAAAUGUAAGUAAACUUGUGGUGAUCCAAACUGUUGACUGUUUAAGAUAUAGAUAUAUACAUAUUAGCAAAUUAGAAAAAGGGUGCACUCACAGGUCUUUCCAUAAAUUCAAUGGUGUUUAUAGGUAAUAAACAUCAUUAAAUUUAUAGAAAGACCUGUGAGUGCACCCUUUUUCUAAUUUGGUAUAUAUUUCAUAUAUGUGGGAUUUUACCAAGGCAUUGUAUCUGGAAAUUAUGGACUAAUGGGUGAGCGCUAAGCUACUUGUGUUUAGAUACAUAUAUGUAUAUGUAUAUAUAUGGUUCAAACAUGAUUCAUUGUAAAAAUGAGCAGCUCGCUGGCAUAUAACUGGUCUUAUUCAAGGAACUGGAAAAUAAUGUAAUGAUAAUAAUGCAUAUUUGUUACCUAUUCUUUUCUAUCAGAGACAAUUCCUAACCAGCAGAGAUUACACUCCGGAACCUUCCCAAGGUGAGAACAUAAGGAACAUCGAGAAAAAAACAAAAACCCAAAGGAGUAAAAUGCAUAUCAAACUAAACAAAACAGUCCGAUGGUGAAACCACCACAACUAGAUAUAGUAUAGCAUACAAGUACAUAGCCAAAAGUUAAAUAAAUCUAAAUGAAAAUACUAGUCAAAAUAUAUAAUGUGCGUGUAUAUACAGUGAGGGAAAAAGUAUUUGAUCCCCUGCUGAUUUUGAACGUUUGCCCACUGACAAAGAAAUGAUCAGUCUAUAAUUGUAAUGGUAGGUGUAUUUUAACAGUGAGAGACUGAAUAACAAACAAAAAAUCCAGAAAAACACAUGUCAAAAAAAGUUAUAAAUUUAUUUGCAUGUCAAUGAAUGAAAUAAAUAUUUGAUCCCCUAUCAAUCAGCAAGAUUUCUGGCUCCCAGGUGUCUUUUAUACAUGUAAUGAUCUUAGAUUAGGAGCACUCUCUUAAAGGGAGUGCACCUAAUCUCAGCUUGUUACAUGUAUAAAAGACACCUGUCCACAGAAACAAUCAAUCAGAAACAAUCAAUCAAUCACUCAAUCAGAUUCCAAACUUUCCACCAUGAACAAGACCAAAGAGCUGUCCAAGGAUGUCAGGGACAAGAUUGUAGACCUACACAAGGCUGGAAUGGGCUACAAGACUAUCGCCAAACAGCUUGGUGAGAAAGUGACAACAGUUGGUGCGAUUAUUCGCAAAUGGAAGAAACACAAAAUAACUGUCAGUCUCCCUCGGUGCUCAAUGCAGUCUCCCUCGGUCCUCAUGGAGUUUCAAUGAUCAUGAGAACGGUGAGGAAUCAGCCCAGAACUACACGGGAGGAUCUUGUUAAUGAUCUCAAGGCAGCUGGCAGAAAACAAUUGGUAACACACUAAGCCGUAAAGCACUGAAAUCCUUCAGCGCCCGUAAGGUACCCAUGAUCAAGAAAGCACAUGUACAGGCCCAUCUGAAGUUUGCCAAUGAACAUCUGAAUGAUUCAGAGAACUGGGUGAAAGUGUUGUGGUCAGAUGAGACCAAAAUCAAGCUCUUUGGCAUCAACUCAACUUGCCAUGUUUGGAAGAGGAGGAAUGCUGCCUAUGACCCCAAGAACACAAUCCAACAUCAAACAUGAUGGUGGAAACAUUAUGCUUUGGGGGUGUUUUUCUGCUAAGGGGACAGGACAACUGCACCGCAUCAAAGUGACAAUGGACGGGGCCGUGUACCAUCAAAUCUUGGGUGAGAACCUCCUUCCCUCAACCUGGGCAUUGAAAAUGGGUCGUGGAUGGGUAUUCCAGCAUGACAAUGACCCAAAACACACAGCCAAGGCAAUAAAGAUUGUGACUCAAGAAGAAGCACAUUAAAAUCUGUGGAGGGAGCUGAAGGUUCGAGUUGCCAAACAUCAGCCUUGAAACCUUAAUGACUUGGAGAAGAUCUGCAAAGAAGAGUGGGACAAAAUCCCUCCUGAGAUGUGUGCAAACCUGGUGGCCAACUGCAAGAAAUGUCUGACCUCUGUGAUUGCCAACAAGGGUUUUGACACCAAGUACUAAGUCGAAGGGGUCAAAUACUUAUUUCACUCAUUGACAUGCAUAUCAAUUUAUAACUUUUUUUUUUUUAAAUUGAAAUAAUAAGAGGCAAAAAUACACUUUGUAAAGGUUUAGUCAUUAUCACAUGAACAAUUCUGAACUAAAAUUUGCUCCUGAAGGAUAUACUAUAAUCAUCUUCUAUUAAUGCUUAAGUAUGGUGGUUAAAAGUGUGCAUCGUAUUGGAACAGUAAACAUGGUGCUUAAUGGCUAAAUUAUUUUACAAAUGUAUGUAUUUUUGAAAUUUAUUUUCUAAUUCUUUAUGUUUGACAGACAAGUUUGGUAUGCCACAGCUGCAAAUACAGGCCUUUCUAUAGGCAUAGUUGUGUGGCAUGCAAUAGAACUGCACAUUUUUAAGUAAUCAACAUGUCAAUACAAGUAAUGUCAGAUACUGAGAGUGCAGUAAGAGUAAGUGAAACAUACUAUAUAGGAUGACAUGAAUGUGGUCAAAGAAAAAAAAAAAGUAACAAGCUAAACAGUGGUUAGUUAUGUAGCAUAGUAGCUGCUGGGUACUAUUCUCUUUGUCUGAACAUGUUUGAUGAACAGGUUAUAAGUUGCUGGUAAACUAGCAUGCCCAUUCUGAGCUAAGAUAUAUCUAAAUCUGCAAUACAAAUAUUUACUACAUAGGCUGGUGUGGCCUGGGUCCUAGGCUUCCAAAGGGAAGGAUCCCACAUGGGCUAAUCUGGCUAUGUCAAUAAAAAGAAAUCUGAGGGGCACAUGAACUCAAAACAGAACAAUAAAAAUACAAAUCGGAGGUAUUACUCACGGAUAGUGAUGUCCCGAACAGUUCGCCGAACGGUUCGCGAACGGUUCGCUGCGGACUCCAGUCAGCAGACACAUUCCAGCCAAUCAGCAGCAGACCCUCCCUCCCAGACCCUCUCACCUCCUGGACAGCUCACUAAGAAUGCAGCUUCAAAAUGGAUGCUGUCCAGGAGGUGUGAGGGUCUGGGUCUGCUGCUGAUUGGCUGGAAUGUGUCUGCUGACUGGAGUCCACGGCGAACCGUUCAUGGCGAACCGUUCGCGAACCGUUCGGGAUAUCACUUUAGUGGAGUGCUGUUGUGCAGUGGGUCAGCUAGUUGGCACAUAAAGGUGGUAGGCCAAGGCAGGUCUCAGUGGAUUUUCUUACAGGACUGGGGCUUCAGAGCAUCUAAUUUUUUCCAGUGCGGGAAGCAGUGUAAGGCCCUACAUCUGCGUCGCAGAUGUGGUCUUUGAUGGCGGUGUCUGACUGCCCUCCGUCUGCGGGUACGAUGUGCUAGAGCCAGACUCCCAUUUUCUCUAUGCCCAAGCAGAGGUAUGCGUUUAGUUGCUGCAAUGGAGGAAAUCACCUUGCCCAACUGUGGUCUCUUCUGCUCCUGUCCGGGUAGCCUCCAGACCUCCCAUGAUGACCGAGCGGCUGGUGCCACCAUUCUCGAGCGCACCUCCAGUUUUGCCCAGAAGAGCUUAAAGAUAGCAUCCAGUGUAGCAAUGGAUUUUAGAGAUGAGUGUGUCAAUUGAACUUGGUCCUGCAGAGCUAAAACAUGUGAGUCUUCCCUCUUGUGUAGCCAGGCCCGGAUCAGGGGUGUAGCAGGUCUCGCAAGUUUGCCUCUCUGCCCUGCCCCCUUCUUAGUAGGCCGCUGUGAUAAAAAAAUGCCCGGGCCGAAUUUUUCUCCCAGUCCGGCCCUGGGGAGAACAGUGUAUUCAAUUGUGGGGAGGGAGGGCAGUGUAUUGAAUUGAGAGGAGGUGGCAGUGUAUUUUAAUUGUGGGGAGGGAGGGAAGUGUAUUAAAUUGUAGGAAGGGAGGCAGUGUAUUAUAUUGGGAGGGGGAGGGCAGUGAACGAAGAUGGGAGGAGGGGGGCAUUGUAUUAAAUUGUGGGGAGGGAGGGCAGUAUAUUAAAUUGUGGGGGGAGCAGUGUAUUAAAUUGGGAGAAGAGGGUCAGUAUAGUAAAUUGGAGGGAGGGAGGGGGGCAGUGUAUUAAAUUGGGGGAGAGAAUGGGAAGGCAUUAUAUUAAAUUGGGGGGAGGGAGGAAGGGAGGGUGGACAGUUUAUCAAAUUGGGGGGAGGGAAGGUGAGGGCAGUGUAUUAGAUUGUAUGCUGUCGGGCUGGUAUGCUGGUUUUCAUUCCCAGUCCGGCCCUGAUUCAGUCACACACUUAUGUUCCUAUAAUUUAUUUAAUUUCACUUUAUUUUGGGAGUGUGUAUCCUAUCUUCAUGACCAUGAUUGUAGAUGUGUCACAAAGAGGAAAAAAAGCAAUUAUAACCAUAAACACACCACACGUAAUCAAAAUGCAGCGCUUGUAAAUGCAAGUUUAAAACCAAUACAUGGGAGGCUAAACUGUAACAGCUAAACAGAGAGAACAUAUAGAAAUGUGAUAAGUAGAAAAAAGCAUGUGUGAAUAUCGUACAUCAACUCAUGAGCCAUAUAGAAUCAGGAUGGAGAAGUUGAAUUAACCUAUACCCUAGUCCAAGCAUAGGCAACCUUCGGCACUCCAAACGUUUUGGACUACACCUCCUAUAAUGCCAGCAUUAUGGGUGUAAGAACAUUAUGGGGGAUGUAGUCCACAACAUCUGGAUUGCCGAAGGUUGCCUAUCCCUGCCCUAGUCCAUACGUACCGUACUUUUCUUAACACAGAUUUUUCUGCUAAAUAAAAAGCUACAAUUCACUAACAAAUUUCUCAUCCCAUUGAUUUAAAGGGAAUGCCAGAAUCCUACCAAUGGACACCAAAGUGUAUGAGAGUCCUUAUAGUGAUCCAGAGGAGCUUAAAGAGCGCAAGCUUUUCCUGAAGAGAGAUCAGCUUUUAAUAGAUGAAGUAGAGCUGGGCGCAGGGAAUUUUGGAUCUGUCAAGAAAGGUGUAUACAAGAUGAAAAGGUAAGAGUGCGUAUAUAUACAUUUUCUUUUUUGAUUUUUGUCUAUUUACAUGUGAAGGUCUUGUAUUUACCUUCAAGUUAAAAAAAAAUAUUUUUAUAGGUCAUUUGACCUAUUUUUUAAAAGGUCGUCAUAUUGUAAAUCCAUCUCUGAUUUAAAUAUAUACAUACAAAUAAUUAUUUAUACACAAUAGAAAGGAAUUUUAUACACAGGUCUGUCAAAUGUCUUGAGUGGCACUCAGUCAGUAAGUUUCCACCGAACUUCUGUUUAAACUUUCUGAGCUCCAACAAGGGUAUUUUGAUAUAGUUCAUAUCCUCUUGAAGACCCAUGGGAGCUGAUGUCUUUCUAUUGUUUGACGUUGUCAGCAUUAAUGUUUCAUACUGGGCUAUAGAAUACAAUGGAACUAACUAGUGUGUAUGUAUCGUGUAUAUAAAUAUAUAUUUAUUUGUAGUUGGGGACAAUAAGCCGAGUUAUAGUAGGGGUAUAAGUCGGUUGGGGUGUGUAAAAGAGGGCAAAAAGUUAACAGUUUAAUCUUUAAUACCUGUUGACAUUACAUAACCAGUACUUUAAAUGCCUGUCUCAGUUCCCUCUUCUUUUGAGGGAAAUCUGGUGUAUGCAGACAAUUCCAAUGUCCCAGUUUAUGAUCUGUGCUGGGAUGUUUACUAAAGGCUGCAGAAGCAGUGCUUAUUCUAAAAGAAUGACAUGAGUAUGUUAAAGGGUCGUAUCAGAGUUUUAUGAAUUGUGUCCUGACGUACUGGAUGAAUUUGAUGUAGUGAGUGGUUACCGUGUAACCUUAAAAGAGAGUAUAUGCCUGUGUAGUCCUUUGAGUGUCGGACAAUUGGUCUAGUAUGUUGACCUGGCACCAUUUAUUGUUGAUAGUAUGUAGGUAUAUGUCUGCAGAUGGGGUGGGUAUGAGAUACGUUUAAAGGGACACUCCAGUGCCAGGAAAGCAAAUCGUUUUCCUGGCACUGCAGGUCCCCUCUCCCUCCCACCACCCAUACCAUGUUGCUGAAGGGGUGAGAACCCCUUCAGUGACUUACCUGAGACCACCGCCGAUGUCCCUCCCUGGUUUCGGGUCCGCCCUUGCUCCACGCGCGUAUUAGACCUCUUCAUAGGAAAGCAUUGAAAAUGCUUUCCUAUGGGGAACUGAGCGACGCUGAAGGUCCUCACAAAACCUGUGCUAGAAACCAGGAAGUGCCCUCUAGUGGCUGUCUAUUAGACAGCCACUAGAGGAGGAGUUAACCCUGCAAUGUAAUUAUUGCAGUUUAUGAAAACUGCAAUAAUUACAGCUGCAGGGUUAAGGGUAGUGGGAGUUGGCACCUAGACCACUCCAAUGGGCAGAACUGGUCUGGAGUGUCCCUUUAAGUGUUUGUUAGCUAAUUUAAGGUUGAGGUGGCAAAAGGAUGUGAAUGUCACAUCGAUGGAGUAAGGAUUGACAAUUCGAUUUUUGGAAGUGAACUUAUUAAAUGGAGAGAGUUCUGGUAUAUAAAUGAUUGGUAUAAACAGAGAGAGCCACGUGUGCCAGCAAUCUACCAUGACCAUGAGAUGAGCUAAUCCAGAAUGAGGUCCUGGAAUGUAGGAGUUUUAGCAUGUGGUUAAGAAGCCAUGGAAUGUUUGGAGGAAUACCUGAAAUGGAAUUGAGACAAGGCUUCAACUGCUAUGUUGUGACUGGCUGGUAUGUGUAUGCAGACAAUGUAAAAUUGCUGUGUUGCUGAGUUUGAUUAGUAAUUGACAGACUUCCUCCCCCAAAGGGAUCCCUAGGCUUGUGCUGUGGCGUAUACUGUAAUAUAUGCAAUAUUUAUGUAAUAUGCAUUUUGAUUUACAUAUGUCUGUAUAUCUAUGCUUAUCCAAAAUGUCACAUGUUUUACACAUUUGCUAAUUGUCUCUUUUAAUAUAAUUUAGAAAUUAUAUUCAGGAGUUUUCUCUGUGGUACACUUUUUGUUUUUAAUCUUCUUGCAUCUUUCAAUAAAAUGCAAUUUUUCAGGCGCCAUAUUGAUGUAGCCAUUAAAGUGCUAAAAAUGCAGAAUGGUAACGAAGCUGCAAUAGAAAAAGAAAUGAUGAAGGAAGCAGAGAUAAUGUAUCAACUGAACAACCCAUACAUUGUGAGGAUGAUAGGGGUUUGCCAGGUAGAAUCUCUAAUGCUUGUCAUGGAGAUGGCAGCAGCGGGGCCCCUCAACAAAUUCUUAUCAUCUAAAAAGUAAGUAAAGGGCAUUAAUUAAAUGACUACUGUCAAAGUUCCAGUUUUUUUUUUUUACUUUUAUUACAUUUAAUGAAACUUAGAAUUAUUUUUGUUUUUUAAAUGAUGUAUAUAAUUUUUUUGUCAUUGCUCUGUGUGACCUGCAUCAGCAGCCACUUAGGUUUGAGCAGUAGUUAGUCAGAUAAUAGAAGAAUCUGACCCAACAUGGUUGCUCAGCCAAAAAGUGAAGUUUUCUGAAAGAAUUAAAAAAAAAAAUCAUUAUACAUCAUUAAAAAUAAAAAAUAAAAAUCAAGUUUCACCAAAUGUAAUGGCUUUUGAAUUUUUUUUUUAAAAUAAACAUUUGACGACAAUUGUUAAUUAGGGCUCGCUUCAUUUGUUGAGACUACUUAUUAUUGCAUGGAAUCCAUUUUGUCUAUUUACAAAAACAACUUAUGUUAGAAUUUUUUAUUUUUUUUUACUAAAGUGUGAAUUAAAGAUGAUUUAAAGUACACAUAUCAUCCCUAGUAUGUCAUUGUGUCACUUCAUAGAGAAUACAAUUGUAUCUAAGCACACUAAGGUGUACCUAGCAUGGUUGGCACUUGGACCCAAAUUUCUGGUUUGAGCUUUAAAGGUGACACUUUAAGCAGAAUUUACAGUAGGACUUAUUGUAGUGGUCAAAGGGUAAUGAGGUUAUGAAAUGAGUAGUCAUUCCAUUUUUUUUCUCAAAAAAGCCACUCUGUUUUACCCAAAAAAGCCACACUGGGACAAUUAAUUUCCUCAUUAUCUGUUCAAAAUAUUUGUACAAGGUAUACCAGGGGUCAAGUGCACAGAAUUAAUGCAGUAUUUCUAGACCAAUUGCUGAUAAUGCUUUUCUUUGCCAUUUUAUUUGUGUGCUAUGUGUUUGUGUGUGAAUGAAGAUAGAUUGUGUGCAGUGUAUAUGAAUGUAGAUGAAUGUAAAUGUGUAUUUGAGUGUUGUAAAUGCAUUUUUGUUCUUCCUGAUCUCCACAUCUUCCCUCACUACUAUAUGGCUCUUCCAUCCCUCUGUUGUGCAUAUUUAUCCCACUUCUUCCUAUGUUCUUCCUCUGUCUCUAUCUCAUAACCACCUUUGUCUCUCUCCCUCUUUUCUCCCACCAACCUCUAUCCUUCACCUCUCCCCGACUUGUGUCUCCUUCCUUUAUCUCUUUCCCAUUUGUGUCACCCGGCCCUAUCUCCCCCAUAUGUGUAUAUCCCUUCUUUCCUCAUUUUGGUGCUUUUCGUGGUGCCUUUACCCUACCAGUCCCUGGUCCCAUAUGAACCUCAGGUAUGUCUCCAAUCUCCCUUAAUUUUUUUUCUCCAACUUUCUCCACAUCCUCAACAUGUCUCUCUAAUCCCUCCAUAUCCCUCUUGAAUCAAUGAAUCGCACCAGUCCCUCAUCAUUCUCUCUAAUACCUCUUGUCCCAAUGUAAUGUCCUUCAUCCUCAUCUAUUCCUACCUGUCCUUGUGACUACAAUGUCCAAAUGCAUUUAUUUUUGCCAAGUCUCUCCAGUGCAGCUCUCAUGCCAGUGAGUGCUGCAAGAGAUGAGAGAGCGGUGGGUAUAUUAUGCUGCCAUGUCCCCACCACUUCCAUAUCAUUGCUACUUCAGUGAAAAUACUGGGCAUAACAUUAAACAUUUCUCUGUUCAGUCACCCCAUGAGAGUAUAGCCUUCCCGGGAGCACCCCCUUCUCUACUGUCCCUCAAGGUAGACCACUGCCCGCUUUCCUUAGUGCGUCCCGCAUUGCACCUGUAAAAUUGCUCCUGCUUUUCUGAUUUUUUUUUUAUUGUGGUAAAGGUAAAAAAACAAGCUUUGUUUUGUGAUUGUAUGCACAACCUACCUCCACUUGGAGGGUGCCAUGAUUAUGUGGGUACAGUUCCAUGGUUUUUGGCACCCAGAGCUGACCCCUCCUUAGCCUUAUCAGUCUAAGCCUAUCAGUACACUUUAGGUUGUAUGUAAUGGAUAUCGAUAACUCAAAAUUGGUCUGUAUUAUCAGUGUGACGGAGGAAUGGGCAGUCUCUAUGUGAUGUAAAAAGCCCAGGUUUUUGUCAAAUUCCUCCUAAAUGGUUUGUCAAAAAACCUAGGAACACAUUUUAUGACUCCUCAUGGGUUACCUUGCUUAGUCGUUCCUUUUAAGUCAGACUUUUAUCAUGUUACACACGAUGUUAUACUAAACAUAGAACAAAUAUGGUCCAGGCAACAGUCAAGCAGUUUUAUUGGAAAAAUAAGUGCUCUUCUUUGCACUUUUUGUUCUUUUUCUAAAAAACUGCUUGACUAUUGAUCUGGAGUGCCUGGACCAUAUUUGUUCUAUGACUGUUGUAUUGGUGUUUGCCAGCCCUAGUCUGGUGCACCUGGAUCAUUAUAUAAGGGUUGGGUCUCCUUUGUUUCUGUGAGUUAUAAUAAAUAUAACAUGUAAGGGUCAAGGUUAAAAAAAUAAGCUUAGCGGUUAUUGGCAACAUAGGCAAAUAGUGGGGAUCAAUGGUUUCAACAGACUUUUAUAACAUUCCAUUUUGUAUUUCUGCAGGGAGGAGAUAUCGAUCAGUAAUGUCACAGAACUUAUGCACCAGGUGUCCAUUGGAAUGAAAUACCUAGAAGAGCAUAACUUUGUGCAUCGGGACCUUGCAGCUCGUAAUGUUCUUCUGGUUAAUCAGCAUUAUGCUAAGAUCAGUGAUUUUGGUCUUUCUAAAGCUCUGGCUCCAGAUGACAGCUACUAUACGGUAACUAUGAUGCGAUGCUGGAAUAAAUAAGUAAAAAAUAAUGCAUUGAAUCCCAGCAGCUGGUAAGAUAGCUCAGUGGGCUAAUGCAUCAUCAGUAGAAUCUGUUCAAAUCCUGGCAGGGUUAAGUCAGCCCUUCAUCCUUCUGAGGUAGAUAAAAUGAGUAUUGUUAAAUUGGGUAAUAGUAACAACCCCUGGAUGUUGGGCUAAGGUAACAUCCCCAGGACAGAGUAAUUUGAAAACCAGAGUAAUUCCAAUAUACCUUUCCUGGUUAAAUACUUUGUUACUAUUAUAUGGAAUUUAUAGCUAGGUGCCAAAAAGUUGCAGUGAUCCGGACACAAUAAAACUAUCCACAAUUUGAUGCAGAUUCAAAAAUUACUGCUGCGCAUCACCUGCACAACUUAUCUGGCUCCUACCUAUAAACAACCAGUGAGACUUAAGCUUCUAGACCAGUAAUGGCUCUAUGCUGUACGUACCAUGGCUGUCAGGAUCCUCAUCAAAAUGUCAGACAAAAACCUACAAAUGGCACAGUAUGAAAGAUAGAAAGUCAAAUUACUCGACUGAGCUCCAUGGCAGAAAUGUCUGUGGAGCAUCACAGUAUAUUUUAUUCACUAAGCUAUGACUUAUAAUAAAAUUUAGACAAACAUAGCUGGUUUAGAGAAUGCCUCAACUUCUCAACUAUUUCAGCUGUUAUUUUCCAAUUUGGUUUUUAAGAUGCUACAAUUUGGACUUUAGUAACUAUUCCUAAGUGGAGAUGUAUUUAGGUUUUGUGCUGCUCUAUGCCUUACGAACUCCACACAUCCCCCCAUAACAUUCAAUAUGAACAUAACAUAUAUUGCAAGAUAGCUAACCGUAACUCUUGGGGUGUUUGGGAACACUGUUCUCAUGAUCUUCAGAUAGCAUAGGCUACCUAAAUUUCGUGGGCUAACUUUUAACCCAUCUCAAAACAACAGCACAUGGAGAGACAAAAUAAUAUAAGAACAGCCAGGUGCAAACCAUAUAAACACUCCCUCAAGUGCUUUAAAUAUUCAAAUGUAUAUAGAAUAUAGAAUGCACACUAUAACAAUCUCAAAAAAUUUAGCUUUAUUAUGUACAAAAAAGUACCAGAGUGAAAACAUAUAAGAAAAAGUAAACAAAGUGACAGAAGCAAGUGCAAAUACAAUAAAAUAAUAAUAAAUUACCACAAAAAUUCUUACAAGCCUCAAGACAGAAACACGAGUCACCAAACCCCCCAACGUUUCGGCACCAACUGGCUGCCUUUAUCAAGGGCACCUAACUUUUAACCCAGCAAUGUGAGAACAGUAGUUUUCAAACAUCUGAGGUGGUGAUAAUAGGCACAUGUAAAUUAAAUGCUAAAAAGGCAAACUGCUAUGUGUAUAUUUCCUCUAAUUAAAAUGUUGCCUUUGAGAAAAAUAAUGAAAUUCUAUAGUGAGUAUACACACACAGACAAUCUCUUUGACACAAACACAUAAUCUCAUUGGCACACACAGACGAGGUUAUGGACAUACAUAGACAAGUUUGCUGACAUGAAAUCUUACUGCCAAAAAAACAAGUUCAGUAACACACAGGUUUACUACAGACAAGCUCCAUCACACAAAUAUAUACACACACCAGCUCACUAAAGACACGUAAACUGAAACACACAAUCUAGGCAACACACAAUUUAAGGCGGGACAGGACCCAAACAUCUGGGCUGUCCUGCUAAAAUCAGGACUGUUUGAAGGCAUGUCUCCUCCGUUCCAAGAUUUUUUUCAGAGAGCUGUUUAAAUAGCCCUGUAUAUAUGUGUUCAGUGUUAUCAUUGGCAUAUACCAUUGAACAUAUUCAAAACUGUUACAUAGUUACAUACAUAGUUACAUAGUUACAUGGCUGAAAAGAGACUUGCGUCCAUCAAGUUCAGCCUUCCUCACAUUUGUUUUUUGCUGUUGAUCCAAAAGAAGGCAAAAAAAAACCAGUUUGAAGCACAAUUUUGCAACAAGCUAGGAAAAAAAUACCUUCUUGACCCCAGAAUGGCAGUCAGAUUAAUCCUUGGAUCAAGCAGUUAUUACCCUACAUUGAAAGAUUAUAUCUUUGAAUAUUCUGUUUUUGCAAGUAUGCAUCUAGUAGCUGUUUGAACAUCUGUAUGGACUCUGAUAAAACCACUUCUUCAGGCAGAGAAUUCCACAUCCUGAUUGUUCUUACUGUAAAAAAACCUUUCUUUUGCCUUAGACGAAAUCUUCUUUCUUCCAGUCUAAACGCAUGACCUCGUGUCUUAUGUAAAGUCCGGUUUGUGAAUAGAUUUCCACACAAUGAUUUGUAUUGGCCCCGAAUAUAUUUGUAUAAUGUUAUCAUAUCCCCUCUCAGGCGAUGUUUUUCUAAACUAAAUAGGUUUAAUUUGUUAACCUUUCAUCAUAGCUGAAAGGUUCAAUUUCUUUUAUUAAUUUUGUAGCCCACCUCUGCACUUUUUCUAGUGCCAUAAUAUCCUUCUUUAAAACAGGUGCCCAAAAUUGCACAGCAUAUUCAACAUGUGGUCUUACCAGUGAUUUAUAAAGAGGCAAAAUGAUAUUCUCGACCCGAGAAUGAAUGCCCCUUUUCAUGCAUGACAAUACCUUACUGGCCUUAGCCACUGCUGAUUGACAUUGCACAUUGUUGCAUAGCUUGUUGUCUAUAACAAUUCCCAAGUCCUUUUCGUGUGUUGUUAUCCCUAAUUCGCUUCCAUUAAGGGUAUACGUUGCUUGUGUAUUCUGUUCUGCAUUAUCAGUUUGGCUGAGGAAAGGUUUAAAGAUGAAGACUUUUUUUGUGACCAAGCCUUUUUGGUACUACUGCAAUGCAAUAUACAUAUUAUAUAUAUAUUUUCUAAAGUUUACACAGUACAGACAGCCCCAAGAAGAGCUAUGUGUAGCAAUCAAAGUGAGCAUUCCUCAUUAAAUUUAAAUUAAUUUAAGUCCUUUAAAUUAAUUUAAAUACUGUGUAAAUUGUCAUUGUCUCCCACACCCAUCUAGUUUUCAUCCCCAUGUCAGGGAGACUCCCAGGGUAUAAAAAUAUUCUGGGGAAGUCUCCAUGGUUGCAUCUUGGUCCUGGAUCGGUGCUGGGCAAUUGGCAAAGCUACUUACAACAUAUGAAAUUCAAGAACUGACUGUUCACUUGCUGCCCAAUAUUUCCAACCCCUUGACAUUUGCCUUUGUAAUGAUAUAAUUGAGUUUAUUCACUUCACCUGUCAGUGGCUUUAAUGUUGUGGCCGAUCAGUGUGUGGUUCAUAAUUUCCACUCACCACCCGUGGAGUGCAUACUAUGGCUUUUGGUGGGGAGUAACUUUUAAGACUUGACUAGUAGCAUAGGAUUAAAAAUUAUAGUAUAUAAUUAUACAUAUAUUAUAUAUAUAAUGCACAUUUAAAUAAUUCAAACUUGAAUCCUUCUUAUAUUUCAGGCUCGGACCGGUGGUAAGUGGCCUCUGAAAUGGUAUGCCCCAGAGAGCAUCACUCACCGCAAAUUUUCCAGUAGAACCGAUGUGUGGAGCUAUGGUGUAACCAUGUGGGAAGCAUAUAGCUAUGGACAAAAACCAUACAAGGUGAGGAUGAACAAAACAAACAGGUAUAGCAGCAUAAGAUGAUUUUGGGGUACAGUGGAAGGUUCACGUAGAACUUAACCAUGUCUUACAUCUUUGUGAUCUAGAAACUCAAAGGUACCGAAGUAUUGGAUUUCAUUAACAGAGGUGAGCGUCUGCCUUGUCCCGCAAACUGCCCCAAGGAAAUGUAUCAACUCAUGCUUGACUGCUGGAUAUUCACGUAAGAAACAUUUUAUUUAACAUAACCUAUGACCAUCCAUCUCUUCAAAAAGUGUCAAUCAAUAAUUUGUCCAGCUAGCUAUCCCUUUGUUUAGUUAUUAUGAAAGGAAGGACUAUGGGGCCACCUAGUGUGGUGUGUUCAUUAUGACCUACCUUAAGAGUGUACCUAGGUUACUUAGCUCUCUGGGUGGUUAUGGGAAUUGGCAAAUCUCCUUUAUUAGGGAAAUUACAAAAAUACACACUCAAAACGAACACAGUGGUAUGUGCUUGGCCCUGCCCCCUCAGACUGAACUUAGUGAUCUGUGCAUUAUUCCUAGCCCCUCAGACUGAACACAGUGAUUUGUGCAUGUCUCCCUCCCCCCCCCCCGAGACUGAACGCAGUGAUCUUUCCUCUCGAUAUGCCAAGAACAGUUUAUAUAUGUUUACUUUUAGCUCCUUCUGCCCCCACCCCCUUCCAACCACACAUAGGUCUUAUAGAUUUCACUGGUAAUCAAGCAAUCUAAAUCCCUGUUAAUAUGGUGGUAUGUUGAAUUUCUUGGCACAAGCUUCUGUCUGUAUCUUUCAGUGUCCUUUGUAUUACAUUAAUCCAUAGCCAAUAACCAGGCUCUUGGACACGCACCCAUGUAUUACUAUUAUGUCCCCUAUUUCCUAAAGGCAAUAACACAUUUAACCUACUGUAAAAAAUGACUAUAUACUGUAGCCUAACUGUGUUUUGUAUUAUUAUUACAUAUAGAGUAUCUAUUUUUUGCAUCUUACGUGUCCCAAACCUGAUUAAAUUAAUGCUAUUAUUAACUCUGUCUACAGGAUGGCAGAACGUCCAAACUUUGAAAAUGUGGAGUCUCGUAUGCGACUUUAUUACUACAGCAUUGCUAAAGAAAAUGAGGAAAAAGACAAAGAUCCCGCUACAGAAAAAAAGAAGGAAUGAAAAUGAUUUAUUGUGGGCAUUUUAAUUUGGGGGCAAUGGUUUAAAAAUCUGUUUGCCUUUUAUCCAUCCUUUGUCCACUAGAGGUCAGUGUGCUUCAGUAAUCUACAAAACAGACAUUCUAAUCGUGGAUAUGUCGGGAGACUUGAGCAAUGGAUAAUACAAGAUACGUCCUGGAAUAUAUAAACAGAUAAAUAAAUACAAACAUUAUUAAUAACAAAAUACAUAUAAAUAAAUCAAUAAAAAGUCAGUACGGUUAAUAGGUGACAAGUCACAAUUCAUGUCCCUCUUUGUUUAUUAUUUCUGCCUGUGAAUUUAGAAUUUAAUUAUUUCUGCUCUAGUAGUUGCUUUCUACUCAAGUAUUUUAAAGUAUAACAUUACUGUGAUAUAUUUACUUACAUUAUACACAACCUAUUUUAUAAAUAAACCAACUGGAUAUUUUUGGAAAAAUUGUCAUUCUCAUCUUGGUGUAAACCAGGGUUACCCAAAAGGUAGAUCCCCAGAUGUUGUAGAACUACAAUUCCCAUGAUGCUUUGCAUGAUUUUAGAACGACAAAUCAUCACGGAAGCUGUAGUUUUAAAACAUUUGGGCAUCUACCUUUUGGGCACCCCUGGUUUGCUUUUUAGAAGCAGUUACUAUAUAAGACAAAGCAGGAUAUCUUUUUAAACUUUGGUCAGUGGGAGAGACCAAACAAAUAUUUUGACAGAUUGGAAAUUUAGUGAUAAGAUUCCAAAAUAAUUAAUGUACAUCGGUUUGCAAAAAGUUUGGGCACCCUUGACAAAAUGGCAUGUUGUGUUGAUUUUCUGGGGUUUUCACAUGCUCUUCAUAUUUCUCCAUAUUUUAAAGGGAUACUAAAGACACCUGGACAACUUCGUCUAGAUCAAGGGUUCUCAACCCAGUCCUCAGGACCCCCUACCAGUCCAGGAUUUGGGGAUUACCUGUGUGUGUCUCAGGUGUUUAGAAAAA